GCGUUAUCCUGCGGGGGCGGGCGAUGGCCGCGCGGGGCAGCGGCGGCGGGCGCUGGGCCGCGGACGGGAGGAACGCCUUAACUUCCUAGAAGUCCAGGAGCCGAGAAAUAGUAGCUGGUGUGAAGGCGAGAGAAGCUUGGUUUCGUUCCCGAGGUCCUCGCGGUGCGGUGAAGCCGCUGGCUGCGGAGGAAGAGGAAGAGCGGCAGCAGGAGGAGGAGGAGAUGACAUGAUGGAAUUCACGUUUUCUCAAGAAAAGCUGCGGAUCUUGGAUCAGUACCGUUGACGAUACCUCCUGAUUGCAACACCCAAAGCAGAGUCCUGUAACGAAUUUGUCACAAGAAACAUAAAAUGGAUCUCAAAGAGAGCUGCCCAAGCGUUAGCAUUCCCAGCUCUGAUGAACACAGAGAGAAGAAAAAGAGAUUUACUCUUCCUGUGUUCCCCAGGGCCUGGGACUGAGAACAGCUUAUGUGAGCAAUUGACACAGCGUGACUGCAGCCCUCAGGCUGAGGAACUGAUGCUGGUGGCUGCUACUUCCACUGUGGAGUUAGAGAGAGAGCAGAAAAGAGACUGAGGCAUUGGUCCAGUUGUCUGUGUUGGGAAUUAGCAGAGCUCUGCGCUCAUUUCCUUACUGUGCCCAUCCUCGCCCCUGAAGGAAUAGCUGAGCUCCUUCUGGAAGUACAAUGAAGUAGAGAAGCGAAGACAGCUUCUCCUGAGAGACAGGAGAAGCCUGCUGGACACACAGCUGCCAACCAGAUUUGUGAAUCCAGGGACUGACAAUCUGUCUAGUUACUGAAGUCCUCUGUGACAUGGCAUUUGAAAGGCCAGAAGUGUGCAGCAGAUUCCAGCUACGCUUCCCUUCAUCACGGUGCUGUGUAUUAUGUUAUAUGGGCUGUAUUUCAGCCACAGCAGCAUUUUUGACUCCCUGAACAAUUUGCCAUCAGCCAGGAUUCUUCUGUAUUCAAGGUUUACAAGGUGCUGGUCUCUGUUGGCAGAAAUGAGUGGUUUGUCUUUCGACGGUAUGCAGAGUUUGAUAAACUUUACAAUACGCUAAAGAAGCAAUUUCCCACCAUGAACCUGAAGAUUCCAGCUAAAAGAAUAUUUGGAGAUAAUUUUGAUCCUGAUUUUAUUAAACAGAGAAGAGCAGGACUGAAUGAAUUCAUUCAAAAUUUAGUUAGACAGCCAGAGCUAUGCAACCACCCAGAUGUCAGAGCGUUUCUUCAGAUGGACAACCCAAAGCACCAGUCGGAUCCAUCUGAAGAUGAAGAUGAAAGGAGCAGUCGAAAGUUAAACUCUACCUCACAGAAUAUCAACCUGGGACCAUCUGGAAAUCCUCAUGCUAAACCAACAGACUUUGAUUUCCUGAAAGUUAUUGGGAAAGGCAGCUUUGGCAAGGUUCUUCUUGCAAAACGAAAACUGGAUGGGAAAUACUAUGCUGUCAAAGUGUUGCAGAAAAAAAUUGUUCUCAACAGGAAAGAGCAAAAACAUAUUAUGGCUGAACGUAAUGUGCUUUUGAAAAAUGUGAAACAUCCAUUUUUGGUUGGAUUACAUUACUCAUUCCAAACAACAGAAAAGCUUUACUUUGUCUUGGAUUUUGUUAAUGGAGGAGAGCUGUUCUUUCACUUACAAAGAGAACGUUCCUUUCCUGAGCACAGAGCCAGAUUCUAUGCUGCUGAAAUAGCCAGUGCACUGGGCUACUUACACUCCAUAAAUAUAGUGUACAGGGAUUUAAAACCAGAAAACAUUCUCCUAGAUUCACUAGGUCAUGUUGUGUUGACAGACUUUGGACUUUGUAAAGAAGGGAUUGCAACUUCUGAUACCACUGCAACUUUCUGUGGGACCCCAGAAUAUCUUGCACCAGAAGUCAUUAAAAAGCAGCCCUAUGACAACACAGUAGACUGGUGGUGCCUUGGUGCAGUUCUUUAUGAAAUGCUUUAUGGGCUGCCUCCUUUUUACUGCCGUGAUGUUGCUGAGAUGUACGAUAAUAUUCUUCAUAAACCCCUGGUUUUGCGCCCAGGAAUCAGUCUUACAGCCUGGUCUAUCCUGGAAGAACUUUUGGAGAAAGAUCGGCAAAGCAGACUUGGAGCAAGGGAAGACUUUCUUGAAAUUCAGAAGCACCCAUUCUUUGAAUCUCUCAGCUGGACUGAUCUUCUUCAGAAGAAGAUUCCGCCACCAUUUAAUCCUAAUGUGGUUGGACCUGAUGAUAUUGGGAAUUUUGAUGCAGUGUUCACAGAAGAAAUGGUCCCAUACUCAGUUUGUGUUUCUUCUGACUACAACAUUGUUAAUGCCAGUGUCCUAGAGGCAGACGAUGCAUUUGUUGGAUUUUCUUACGCACCACCUUCUGAAGAUGGGUUUUCCUAGGAACUUAGAAGCAAAGAGUGGUUUGGAAGUUUUGGGUUGAACUGAAAUGUUAGGAUUAUGGACACAUUCCGAAAUAGCGUAAAUAGUGCCUCGUCUUGUAUGUAGGUUUGAAACCUAUGAACAAACUUUCUCUGCUGUAUAGGAGGAAUUUGGGCAUUUCGGAUGGCUUUCUUUGGGGUUUGAACUGUUUGUUCCUGCUGCAGAAAAUAUUUUUUAAAACCUUUAAAAAGCAUUCUCUACAUAUUUUUUAAGCAAAAACACUGACUGUUCUCCUCAAUCCCUUUGAGUUUACAUUCAUACCUAUAUAAUUUGGCUGGCACAAACAGCAGCAAAUUUAGUAAAUUUAUAAAUGCUUUUGUACUUAUUUACCGUGACUUUGUGCUUGAAUUGUAACUAUGCAAAUUGUCUUUUGUAUAUCCUGGUUUAAAAAAAGGUAAAUGUUUUCCCUGUUACCAGUUUGGAGUAUGUGUUAAUUUACCUGUCAGCACUUAAAUGAUAUAAGUUAAGGACCAAGAAUCUUAAGGACUUCUGCAGAAUGAAAACUUGGUUACAUAAAACUGGAUUGUUGCUCUUGCACUUGCUGAAGUACCCAUUGACUCAAGUGGAUUGUCUGAGGUAUGGGGGGUUACUCAAAGCAAGGACAGAACAAAUUAACUGGAUUGAUUUGAUAACAUUACUUAUUACGUGUUCUACUUUUCUUUCUUCCCUAAGUAUGUCUAUAUUUCAACUACAUUAAAAGUAUUUUUGGUUAAA